AUGGCCAAAAUUUCCCAUCGCGCAACUUCAGCGCGUGCGGGCAGGAAGCCCAGCAGAGUUACUAACCACGCGAAGAAAAAGCCGUACAAGGUUGUUCUUGAAUCAGUCACUCAGGAGAAGAAAAAGCUUCGCACUUCCCUGUCAUACAAUGCCCAGGCUCCUGUCGGCUACACUUUCGUCCCUGCUGGAACUCCAGAUCUUACGGCAUACUGCAAGGAAGUCUGCAGGAAGCGGAAUUUAAACGUUUUCAUCGUCUCAGUUAAACCCAGAAAAGCCCGCUCCGAUCCCGAAAGGCUGUCGCACCACAUUUACCGCAUAGGCCACCAUUUCCCAAGUCAAGUUGUUGACCAAGGCUGCAACUGGCUGGGAUACACUAGGCGUAGAACCAAUUUCCGAAAGGAGCUCGACGUACUACCAACCUCGCGUCUCGCUCAGAGCCUAGAAACGCACAGCAAGCGCCUUGGCCUUCAGGAGAACGCGGACACUGUACUGGAAAGUCGAGAGCAAAUUGCUGCCGCAAUCAGAGAUCUCUUCCCCAAAAUCCCGGACACGGCUGUCGAUGUCAUCGUAGAACAUGCCUUCCGUGAGGGCACAAAACGCAUUGGUACUGUCGCCGAACUCUCCUUGGCGCGACGCGUGCAGCUUGCCGUCCUAGCUCAUAUUCGGCACCAAUACACCGAUUAUGACAGACUCUUGAGGUCCGAGGGCUGGUACGAGGCGCGAACCGCAGUGGCGCCAGUCUGCUUGAAGCAGCUGCUGGAGUGGCGAGGCGAAGGUCAAGACGAGCCGGCAGAGCUUGAAGACAUCUUCCGCGAGAUCAUCGUUAUUGAUGAUGACGAUGAUGUCGAUGAGAACGACAAUUCCUCGAACGCCGGCAGUGACGAUACACUAUCCAGUAUGGAGAUUGUGACCGACCCAGCCGCGGCGCAUGAUCUUGACGAUAGUGAUUCGAACGAUGUUGAAUGGGUUGAUGAUCCUCGCGCCGACCGCGAACCGAGGAGAGUCACGCUUCUACGUCCUCCACAAAUGCAGAGAUGGUUACUUGUAUCCUCUGCCCACCAAGGCUACAGUCCCACCUGCCGCAACACGUCGCCCAAUGCAGCUGCGUAG